AUGGCACACUUCCUCGCCACCACAUCAUGUUGUGUAUGGCACUUCCUCGCCACCCGCAUCAUGUCUAUGGUAACACUUCCUCGCCACCACAUCAUGUCUAUUGUGUAUGGCACACUUCCUCGCCACCGCAUCAUGUCUAUUGUGUAUGGCACACUUCCUUGCCACCGCAUCAUGUCUAUUGUAUAUGGCAUGUUUAACUUCCUCGCCACCACAUCAUGUGUAUUGUGUAUGGCACACUUCCUCGCCACCGCAUCAUGUGUCUAUUGUGUAUGGCACACUUUCGCCACCACAUCAUGUCUAUUAUUGUAUGGCACACUUCCUCGCCACCGCCUUCAUGUCUGUGUGGGGGUAUGGCACACUUCCUCGCCACCGCAUCAUGUCUGUAUGUAUGGCACACUUCCUCGUCACCGCAUCAUGUGUAUUGGGGAUGGCACACUUCUCGCCACCGCAUCAUGUCUAUGUGUAUGGCACACUUCCUCGUCACCACAUCAUGUGUGUGGGUAUGGCACACUUCCUCGCCACCACAUCAUGUUUAUUGGGUAUGCACUUCCUCGCCACCACAUCAUGUUUAUUGGGUAUGGCACACUUCCCGCAUCAUGUGUAUUACAUGGCACACUUCCUCGCCACCACAUCAUGUCUAUUGGGUAUGGAACACUUCCUCGCCACCACAUCAUGUUUAUUGGUUAUGGCACACUUCCUCGCCACCGCAUCAUGUGUAUUGGGUAUGGCACUUCCUCCGCCACCCUCGCCACCACAUCAUGUGUCGCCACCACACAUUGGGUAUGGCACACUUCCUCGCCACCACAUCAUGUUUAUUGGUAUGGAACACUUCCUCGCCACCACAUCAUGUUUAUUGGGUAUGGCACACUUCCUCGCCACCACAUCAUGUGUAUUGGUUAUGGCACACUUCCUCGCCACCGCAUCAUGUGUAUUGGGUAUGGCACACUUCCUCGUCACCACAUCAUGUGUAUUGGGUAUGGCACACUUCCUCGCCACCACAUCAUGUUUAUUGGGUAUGGAACACUUCCUCGCCACCACAUCAUGUUUAUUGGGUAUGGCACACUUCCUCGCCACCACAUCAUGUUUUGUGGGUAUGGCACACUUCCUCGCCACCACAUCAUGUUUAUGGUGUAUGGAACACUUCCCACCACAUCGCCACCGCAUCAUGUGUAUUGGGUAUGGCACACUUCCUCGCCACCGCAUCAUGUCUGUGUGUAUGGACACACUUCCUCGCCACCACAUCAUGUCAUCAUGUGUGUAUGGCACGCCACCACAUCAUGUCUAUUGGGUAUGGCACACUUCCUCGCCACCACAUCAUGUUUAUGGGGUAUGGCACACUUCCUCGGCACCGCAUCAUGUGUAUUGGGUAUGGCACACUUCCUCGCCACUGCAUCAUGUGUAGUGGGUAUGGCACACUUCCUCGCCACCACAUCAUGUCUAUUGGGUAUGGCACACUUCCUCGUCACCGCAUCAUGUCUAUUGUGUAUGGCACACUUCCUCGCCACCACAUCAUGUCUAUUGGGUAUGGCACACUUCCUCGCCACCACAUCAUGUUUAUGGGGUAUGGCACACUUCCUCGGCACCGCAUCAUGUGUAUUGGGUAUGGCACACUUCCUCGCCACCACAUCAUGUUUAUUGGGUAUGGCACACUUCCUCGCCACCACAUCAUGUUUAUUGGGUAUGGCACACUUCCUCGCCACCACAUCAUGUUUUUAUGGAACACUUCCUCGCCACCACAUCAUGUUUAUUGGGUAUGGCACACUUCCUCGCCACCACACCAUGUGUAUUGGGUAUGGCACACUUCCUCGCCACCGCAUCAUGUUUAUUGGGUAUGGAACACUUCCUCGCCACCACAUCAUGUUUAUUGGCUGUGGCACACUUCCUCGCCACCACAUCAUGUUUAUUGGGUAUGGCACACUUCCUCGCCACCACAUCAUGUUUAUUGCGUAUGGCACACUUCCUCGUCACCGCAUCAUGUUUAUUGGGUGUGGCACACUUAACGUUUUUAAAAUUAUUUUCUUCGUGUAUUUUAUUCCGAUUAUUAAGCAUAUACAGUAA